AUGUCUGCUCGCGUUCAGUCUAGCCAAAAAAUGCCAUCUCGGUUUCGUAUUUUUGAACUACCUGAUGUUGUUUUGAAAGAUGUUUUUCAAAAUUUUGAAGGAGUCGAAAUACUCGAUCUCUCCUUCACAUCCACCAGACUGAUGAGGGGAGUUUUCCGCUCUGUUGGACUGCGAGCUGUCAGUCAUACUGUAAAGUUUGAAGACGCGUAUCCUCUCAUUAGCACAAUAGUGAAAUUUGGGUCAGGAAAAGGAAGUGAAACAUCUUUUGUAUGGAAAUUUGUCGAAAGCAAAAAAUCAAUCAAUUCGGAUAAAGUGAGAAAAGUGGAAUGUCACAGAUUCGAUAAUUGCUUCACGAAAGGUAAUACUAUCUUCUGCCACUACCACAACUCUGAACUCGGUGCAACUGUGAUCUUCAAUCAUAUUUUCAAUUGUUUGCCAGCCCCAUUAAAUCUGCAUCUGAAACUGAAUUCCAUCAAAAAUCUCCAUGCUUUAUUUCUCAAUGAUUGUUUUUCAACGUGCGAAAAAUUAGAUGUUUGGUACGUAGAGCAGGACGAGAAUGAUGAAUUAGUUGAGGAUCUGACAGGAAUUUUGGAAAUGGUGGAUGUUAAAAAAGAGCUGAGAGCGCUGGUCCCACAACAAUGUGAGAUGGAUAUUGAGAAGAUUCGUGACUUAGAAGUUCUGACGAUUCAGGAUGCAGAAUGGAUGAGUUUGCCUGCUCUUUACUCUUUAAAUUGUCGAUUCGGAAGUCUUCUGAAUCACAAGUUCGGCCAAUUUGAUAUCUCUGCUUUUGCUGAAAAUUGGUACAACUCGACAGACAGGAAACUGGUAAAGAUGCAGUUCGGAUGGAAUGAGUACAGACGAUUUUCCCCAAUGAUAGAUAAUCUCAAUUGGAAAGAAUGGGAUCCGAAAAUAAGAUCAAGAUAUUUUCAUGACUCCAGUGAACGUUCCAAUUCGAGUCGAAUCGAUUGUUCUAAAGGACUCGACAUCACUCGUCCAGAUGGUCUCACAGCAACGAUCCUCAAACAAGAUGCGUUUGAUUGUAACAUCCUUUUCCUUGUCUGGCACGAUAUUCAUCCUGAAACUACACGGUUAGCAGUUCUCUCGGAGAAAUUGAACCUACAAAACAAGAAAUUGGCCUCAAUUCUUGGCAAUAGGAAAGAACGAGUCGUUAAGAAGGAAUUCCGAGACACGUUUACAGAGGCUCUGGCGAAGAAAACAGAAAUCACGGAAGAAAUCAAGCUAUGGGUUGAUACAGAAGACAUUAAUGCAUGCUGA